CAACAGCACACUCAUGUCAUUGCAUUGUGGUUACAAUCUUCAUGGUUGCAUUUGAAAUUGACAGAUUGUGGCUGGUUUCGUUUGUAAACAUGCUGCUGUGUGCUUGACAUUUGGUGAUUCUAGCCAUUUUAGUGCAUUGAUGUGUUUUGAUUUCUUCUACACCGAUUUUGCAGACAGUUGCGGAAUAGAUCAGGUUGGGAGUUUGUUUUUUAUGUAGCGAAAUUUCUUGCCAUUUAGUAUUGUUUAGACCUACGAGUUUGUGGAUUAAUUUGUGUGGUAUCACGUUUUGUGUAACUGGACCUUUGAACUCCUUGCACACGCCGACCUAUUUGUACAUUAUGAUACGGCUCAGACAACAAACACCAAUCUCUUGAAGGGCCUUUAUGUGAUUUACGAUUAUUGCAUUGAAGGAGUGGACUGUGCACAGAACGAAUUUGUCAUAAAUCGACGAAUGCAACAAUGAAGUGUAUAAUAAUUUUUGAUCAAUUAAAUGACAUUCUUUACACCAAAUAUGACCGAAAAUUCACCCGACACAUGAGAAAGUUGGGAAUUGACCAGGGUUUAAUAUCUGAAGACAAGUUUGAUGUGUUACAGGAUGAGGAAGAACUUAGUUAUAAUGUACUCAUUCAGAUAUUUUCUCCUGUUGUGGCCUCUCAACGGAUAAUGGGUUGUCAGUUUGGCAAUUCCUACUCGUCAUUUCAAUGUGAAGAUGGAACCAACAUGGUUCUGGAUGAAUUUAUGGGAUACCUUUUCAUUCAUAUUGGAGUUGAAGAAGUGAGUUGGCUGAAAAGAAUGCUAGGAAUUUGUAUAACAAUAGUUAAACACUUGUGUGGACCAGAUGUAUCAAUACUGAAGACUAAUAAAAGUCGUGCAGCUCUUCUUUCACGCAUUUUGGAUACGUGGAUUCAGCUUCAAGACUCAGAUCAAGCUGUUUUGGUAGAAGCUGUUGAACAAUUGAUGGUAAAUACUGAUCUUAGUGCUGCCACUCUUAGAGCUUUACAAGAAGCGACUGAGAAACUGAAAUCGCAUACAGAUUUUUCUCGUGUUCAUGCUAUGAUUUUAGUGGAAAACAAGUUCCUUUCUUUAUUCUCAAGUCGAGGGACUCAAGAUCUGACUGCAUCCGAUAUCAUGUUCUUGAGUCUUCUGUGUGAAGCUUUCCAUCUGCUUCCAAGUGCUGAUUCUAUGAAUCUUGUGGAGAGUUCUGAAAGUGAAGAUGCUGGUGCUGCUGGGGGCGAGUCUAGUAGCGAAGAGUUUUAUAGCCCCCAAGCAUCACCUCGGAACAGCCCUGCCCCUCAACGCAGGGGACCAUCCCAGAGUGUUGAGCAAGUACAAGGCGAUGGGCUGAAUAGCCAAUUGGUGUUGCUUACGGGAACAAACGCAGCUUUCACCCCGCAUGUUGUUCACAUCAGUUCUUUGGAAGAUGGUGUGUUUUUUCUGUUAAUGUUUGAAACAAGUAGUGCUGCAAUUUCUGCUGGAUUGUAUGAAGCAUUUAAUGCUCUCACAAUCAUCCAAAACAUACAACUCCAGAGAGAUAUGGAUGGUUUAAAACAUGCCUUUGAGUAUCUUGAUGCUGGUGUCAAAAAGAUUUUUGAUGGGCAUAAGAAAACUAAGAAUUCUAGAAAUGAAGUUGAGAGUUGCAUAAAGAAACUUCAAAGUCAGUGGGAAUCAAUGCGUAAAAAGUACAUUGAAUAUAUAAAGACUGGUGAACUGAAUUGUAUUGUGCGAGUGGAAUCGGUUACCACAUCUUUUACUGAUCACUUGAAAGACCUUUUGAGGUACACAUGCUGGGAUACAACAAUGACAAAUCAUGGAAGAGAUUCAGUGUUGGCUGUAACAUCAUUUGUGAAGUACAAAUUGGCAGAUUUCAGCAAUUUCCUGAAGGGAGCACCAAUGAAACCAAAGGAUUUUCCAAGACACAUGUUGUCUGGCCUUCCUAUACCUGGGAUUCUGUGUGGUGAUUUUUAUCAAAAAUUGAUAGAAAUAUGUUUUCCCAAAUUAUCUCCUUCAAAAGUUCGCUGUUACGAGCUCUACUGCAUUCAUUUGGGAUUGGCAACUGCAUCGUGUGUCUUGGAACAUUCUCGGCGUCUAGCUGCUACAAUAUGGGAUGUAACAGGCAUGCCUAAUAAUCCAAUUGAUCUUCUUUGAGCUCUUUUGCAAUAAAAAAAGGUAUUAUUUUUUGGCUGUAAAGAGAAUAUCUUUGAAUUGACAGGCUGUACAUUUUCAAGCAGAUGUGCAGAUGAGAUUUUGGAGCUUUGCCAAACUUCCAAUUUUAGUUUGUAUGUAAAAUAAUGCCUAUAAUUUCUGUGUUUGAAAUUUUUUAGUGUAAGGUGAACAUUGAACUUUUUAUUAAGUGUGAUGGAUUAAUCUUUCAUUAAUAACACAAGACUUGUUUUACUUAAUAUCCAUUUUGUUGUAAUGGGCACAAUAUUUUAUUCAGCAUUUAUGAACGGAAUACUAGAAGUUUGAAGAAUUUCAUCUCGUACUAUGGUUCCUACAACUCCAUUGCCAGUUUUUUAGCUCAAGUUGUUGCUUCCAGAUGAACAUGUACCAAAAGACCCUACCUACUGUUAAUGAGCUUUCUGAAGUACAUAGAUUUGUGGAAUAUUGAAUUUUUGAAUGUUUUUCUGUAAUUUUGUAUGAGAGAGUUAUUAUAAAGCAUUAAUGUAGAGAAAGACUGAUUUGAAAAAUAUACAAAUGGUAAUUUAUUAGAUAUUAUCAUAUGUGGACCAUUUGAGAAUUUUUGGAGAGAAAAGUUUUAUUAAAGAAUUUUGAAGAUGGAAAUUAAUUUUUUUUGUUCAUGGCUUUUCUUAGUAUAUAAAAAAUAGAAGUAAAAUUUUGUAUUUUAACCUAAAUUCAGAACAUAAAAAAGUUUAUUUUCUGAUUUUUUUUCUCUAUUCACUGUUGAAUAUUUUUGCAUGUAGUUGUUGAAAAAACAUUUACAGUUAAACCUAAGUCUGUCUUAAUUUUGUAAUCAGUGAUACCAUAUUUAAGUUUUCUUACAAAGCAAUAAACUCUGAGAAUUGAAACAGUUUCAUGAAGUACGAAUAACAAUAGAUCAUUGAGUGAGUUUUGUGUAUUAACAUGGAGACAACUUUGCUCAUUUAUGAGCAGUAUCCUAGUCAUGUAGAACUUUAAUUUGUUUGUGAAGAGUAGCUAUUUCUUAUAAAAAAUCUUUUAAAUUGUUUGUUUUUUAAUUUAUUUAUUGUAAGUUGUGAUUGUUAAUAACACUGGUCAACAAGAUUUCUGGUUCCCAGAAGCAGAGAAUGUGAUCUAGAAGCAUUUUUUUAUGCUAAAUCCAAAAAUAAUCAGUUUUGCGCUAUCAUGUAAAGUUUGGCAGAAAUACUUGAAAGUCAUUGUUGAGAAUAAGACCCUUUGUAAAACAUGACUAGUUCUUCCGUCUGUUCAUAAAUUCUGUAAUUCAUGAUUCCUAUAAAUAUGUUAUUGUUAAACACAUCUUACAAAUAGAAAAGAACUCUGUGAUCAUCAGGUCUCUUAUAAACAGCUUAUUGCCUGCAUUUUGUGUUCAGUGUUGAGAGUGCGAUCAGGGCAAGAAUUGGGCACUUUACACUUGCUACCCAUCUUGUGCAAAUAGAUUAUGUUCAUGGUUUAAAGGCACUCACUCAUGUAUGCCUUUUGCAGUACCAAUAUUUUGAAGCGUGCAACAGGAUGACUUAAAUUACUACUGUUUUUGUGUCACCAAAAUAGUGGAUUUCUCUGCAAAAAGCAAGAAAGCAAUUGGGUAGCUCAAUUCACCUUCAGCAAUGCAACUAGUUGCUCAUGGGUUGGACCUUCCUUACCCUGUUCACCCAGAAUCAUGGGUUUCAAAGCAUGUAGAAGAUGGCCAAGAAAUACAUUUAGAAGUCAAUGAUUUCCAUGUUUCUAAUGUAAAUGAACCCCAUUGUGUUGUGUUAAGUAUCUCAAGAGGAAUUUAAAUGACCUGGUUAGGGACUUAAAAAACUAUGUAGAAAAACUUGUAGUCUACCUUGAGAUGGGAUAUAACAUGUCUUUAAAGCUUCAUUUCUUGCACUCCCCCUUGAUUUUUUCCCGGAUAAUUUGGGAGUUGUCAGGGAUGAAUAUGGAGAGUACUUCAGGACAUUAUGAUGAUUGAAAAACAUUACCAGGGGAGAUGGAACCCCACCUUGUUGUCAGAUUACUGUUGAUUAGCAAUGAGAGAAACUCCAUCCUCAUCAUAUAAACGGCAGUUGCAGUAAGAUAAGUAUUCUGUAAUAUGUACUUAAAUGUAACAGUGAUUCAACAAAAAGUAUAAAUCAUACAGUUGUCAAUUUACCAAACACUAUAUGUGAUAGUUCAAAACUGAAGUCAUAUAAAGAUUCAGCUUCCAUUGCCAGUACGAAUCGCCUAAUUUCAUCCAGGAACCAGAGAGGUGUACUUCACAUAAAUUUUAGUUUUUGCUUAAAAUAAAAGUUUAAAAUUGUUGUCCAGUGUAAUUCAUUACAUUCCAUGACUGUUGAGGAGACUUUAUUGUAUAUUCCAUAACUGAUGCAUUUUAUGAUUUAAUAUAAAUUAUGUUCUUGGUACAAUUAACAUUUGGAUCUGAGUUUUUAGAUUGAUAUGAACGUAGAAUAAGGACUGCAUACAGUGUUUUCUCUUUGGUAUAAAUAUAACCACACUAAGUAUAAGUCUAUUUAGUCAAAUUUCAUUACGUAGCUACAGAUUUUGGAAAUAUAAAUGUAUCAGAAAAUUAGGAAAGUGAUUAUUAUGAUUCACUGGUACAGUCUCUGCACUAAUUUUUAGAUAAGUAACUUGUAAAUGUAGUUAUAAUUUUGAAGGUUAAAAAACAGUACAUUUGU